AAAAGUCAACCAUAUCCCAUCAUUUGGUCUUUGGUUUCCCGACGUCCCACUUUUGUAAAAAUCAUCUGUUCAUUUUCCAUUCUUUUUCUUUUUCCUACCCAACUGGAUAUCACCAAUGAUAUCAUUAUACACUAACACUAUCAUUUCACACUUAUCUUCCUCUAUAUAUACAUAGCUUAAGUCUUGUAACGAGAAAGGCAUGCAUAGCAUUUGCUAGUUUUAACAUAUAGCAAUGAAGGUUCAUGAGUUUUCGAAUGGGUUUUCUUCAUCGUGGGAUCAACAUGACUCGACAUCAUCCCUUAGCCUAAGCUGCAAACGCCUCCGUCCUCUCGCCCCUAAGCUCUCCGGCAGCCCUCCCUCCCCUCCUUCUUCUUCCUCCGGCGUCACUUCAGCCACUUUUGACCUUAAAAACUUCAUUAGACCCGAUCAAACCGGUCCGACAAAAUUUGAACACAAACGAGACCCUCCUCAUCAAUUGGAGACGCACCCGGGAGGGACAAGGUGGAACCCGACUCAAGAACAGAUAGGGAUACUUGAGAUGUUGUACAAAGGUGGAAUGCGUACUCCUAAUGCUCAACAGAUUGAGCAUAUCACAUUGCAACUCGGUAAGUACGGGAAAAUCGAAGGGAAAAAUGUGUUCUAUUGGUUCCAGAACCACAAAGCCCGCGAGAGACAGAAGCAGAAGAGGAACAACCUCAUCAGCCUAAGUUGCCAAAGCAGCUUCACGACCACUGGUGUCUUUAAUCCGAGUGUAACUAUGAAGACAAGAACAUCAUCGUCACUAGACAUUAUGGUAGGAAUUUAAGGAUUUUGUAUAGUUUUGUGGUUUUGAUCAACUAUAUUUAAGGAUAAUUUUUAUGAUUGUGUAGAGAGAACCAAUGGUGGAGAAGGAGGAGUUAGUGGAAGAGAAUGAGUACAAGAGGACAUGUAGGAGCUGGGGAUUUGAGAACUUGGAGAUAGAGAACAGGAGAAACAAAAAUAGUAGUACUAUGGCAACUACUUUUAAUAAAAUCAUUGACAAUGUAACCCUCGAGCUUUUUCCUCUCCAUCCUGAAGGGAGAUGAAGUCAUGAAGGUGAGGCAGAAAAUUGUGGAAUUCUUAUGUAGAUCUGGUUUAGGUUCAGAGGAAUCAAUUGGUAUCUAGAAAUUCAAAAUAAAAAUAAAAAUAGGAAUAAGUCUCUAAAACUACAAAAUCUACUUAAGAAUUCCCUUAUUAAUCUGCGAGUUUGAUGUAUCCUAUGUAGAUUAUUUUUGCGAUGUAAUCUUAAUUAUGAAUGCUCAGUUUAGCUCAUCUUUUUUUCGCGUUUAUUCUUGACAAAUUCACUAGUGAUCAGUUGUACUCUCUUCUGAUUUGGCCAUCUAAGUAUUUCUCUAGAUCGUUGGUAUGUAGGAAUGUUUCAUUUAGAGAAAUUUCUGAAUAAAGACACAUUUGAUGUUGUUAAAA